AUGGAUGAAGACAACGGGCAGAGCGGGAGAUAUCUCUCCUUGCCGCCAUCUCCCACCACCUACCGGAGACCUCGAGAUCGCAGCCGGAACCGCAACCGGAACCGCAGUCGCAGGAGCUCCCUUGACCAGGCAGACGAGCGGUCUCCCCUCCUCACAACCGCUGCCAACAAGGCACGCGUCCAAAUCGAUUCGCCCCGGCAUCCUCAUCUAACUCGAAAUGCGAGCUCCACAGGAAGCAUCCCUUUGAGCCGACACCACAGCCGAGUCGAGUCAUGGGGUCAGCGCCUGAUCCAAGCUCUUUCCGACCGUCAGGAGUCUUCCAUGGCCGAGUCCAAGUCCUCCAUCCAUCCCGACGAGCGCGUCUGGUACGACCAGUUCACAUCGACCGACUGGGUCCACGACAGCAUAGCAGACGCCUACCGGGUCAAGGCUCUCCGCAGCCGCAAGGACUUCUGGGGUCGGGUAUAUGUCCUAUUCGACGGAGCACAGGGCUGGAUUCUUAGUGCUGUCGUCGGAGUCAUGGUGGCUGUCCUUGCAUAUGUCAUCGACAUAUCAGAGCAGACCAUCUUCGAUUUUAAGGAUGGGUACUGUGCAAAGGCAUGGUACCUGAGUGAGAGGAGAUGCUGUCCCCUUGGGCCCUGCACAGAUUGGAAAGACUGGGGCGAGGUCCUUCAGGGCAAGUCUUACGGAGAGGAAUGGACCGAAUAUGCGGUCUAUAUCUGCUUCGUGGUUGGCUUCUCUACUAUUGCAUGCUUGCUUACCUUGCUUACCAAGACCGUCGUCCCGUCCCAAUAUCGACUGUCAACGUUCGACGAGAAUCUCGCUGCCGAGGCGGCAACUCUCGAAGACGUGGACAAUGUUCACGACGAGAGCCCAAGCAUCAGUCCUCAACAGACCCCACCGGAAGCUUCCGUUGGUCCUCCCAUGAUCUACUACUCUGCGGCAGGCAGUGGCGUGGCUGAAGUGCGAGUGAUUCUAAGCGGUUUCGUCUUCCACGGCUUCCUAGGUUUGAAAACCCUCAUCAUCAAGUCUCUAGGUCUGAUUAUGAGUGUUGCUUCGGGCUUGAGCUUGGGCAAAGAGGGCCCGUACGUGCACAUCGCCACCUGUAUUGGCAACAUUGCCUGCCGUAUUUUCUCGAAAUACGACAGCAAUGACGGCAAGAGACGUGAAGUGCUGUCUGCUGCGGCCGCGGCUGGUGUUGCCGUUGCUUUUGGUGCCCCUCUAGGCGGUGUGUUGUUCGGACUCGAAGAGGUGGCCUACUUCUUUCCAGCAAAGACUCUAUUCCGCACUUUCUUCUGCUGUAUCGUUGCGGCCCUCACGCUGAAGUUUUUAAAUCCUUAUGGAACCCACAAGAUUGUCAUGUUUCAAGUUCACUACAGUGUGGACUGGGAAUAUUUCGAGAUUGCCACCUUCAUUGCUGUGGGUAUCCUAGGCGGUGCGGCAGGAGCUCUCUUCAUCAAGGCAUCUCGGCAUUGGGCCAAGUCUUUCCGUCGUAUUAGGGUGAUAAAGGCCUAUCCUCUCCUCGAGGUGGUCCUGGUCGCCCUAGUCACUGGACUUAUCGGAUACUGGAGCCGCCUGACAAAGCUACCCGUUGCGCAACUGCUGUACAACCUUGCUGCACCCUGUGAUGACCGAGAUAACAACUUGGAUGACAUGGGCCUAUGUCCAAGCGGCAUCGAUGACAUACCUCCUAUCUUGUCAAGCCUCUUGAUAGCUUUCCUCAUCAAGGGUUUCCUCACAAUUGUCACAUUUGGAAUCAAAGUCCCGGCCGGCAUCUACGUCCCGUCUAUGGUUGUUGGCGGUCUGAUGGGACGAUUGAUUGGACACGCAGUACAAUGGACUGUCUUCAAAUGGCCCUCAUGGGGUGUCUGGGGAAGUUGUGCUGUCGUUGGAGACGCAACAUGCAUCCAGCCCGGUGUCUAUGCUCUGAUUGCAGCCGGAUCGACCAUGUGCGGAGUUACUCGACUUUCGGUCACGCUCGUGGUUAUUCUAUUCGAACUCACGGGCAGCCUCGACUACGUCUUGCCCUUUUCCCUUGCAAUUCUUGUUGCCAAGUGGACCUCAGACGCCAUAGAGCCACUAAGCAUCUACGACCUCCUGACGGAGAUGAACUCCUAUCCUUUCCUCAACAACAAGCACAGACCAGUGUUCACGUCUGAACUUGCUGACAUUGUCCCGCGUGUUCGGCGAGAGCGCGUCAUUGAUAUCACAAACUCACCCGUGGUGUCAGCUUCAAGCCUCAGGAGUAAGCUGGAACUUCUGCACAAGGCAGGCGAGCUCGAUGGCGGGCUGCCAGUCGUCCGCGAUGGCGUCCUCGUUGGCUUGAUCCCUGCACCAGAUCUGGAGUUUGCACUUGACAACCUCCCUGAUGAAGGUUCUCAGAUGUGUCUGAUGGCUAAGGUCCCUACCAUCGAUGAUUCAGACGAUGGCGAGCCUGAUCCGACAGACUUCACACCAUAUAUUGAUCCUGCACCUGUAGCUUUGGAUAUUAAAUCGCCCAUGGACCUUGUAUACGAAUGUUUCGUCAAGUUGGGUCUUCGUUACAUUUGUGUUCUGAAGAACGGCCGAUAUGCCGGCAUGACGCAUAAGAAGACUUUCGUUAAGUAUAUGCGCGAGCUUGAGCACAGAGAGGGGCACAUCUGA